ACUAAAGACAAAGUAACUCAUCAGUUGGAGGAUGACUUCUCAAAGUUGGAAGAAAGCAAGAAUCGGAGAAAUUUGAAAGAUUUUUGGAGUGUUAUUGUUUUGUUCUCAAAUGAAAUGAGAAAAGAUUUUUGGAAGACGUACACCAACUCCUGGACGUCGGAUUUUGUUUGUCUUGCACGCUGCCGCUUGGUCCACAGUCACGCUACCCCCGAGAUUCUUAAGUCGUAGCGCACAGAUCUUGCCACUCGUACCCGAGAUUCUUAGUUCGUGCGUUGACUGAGCCUCCGGUGUGCUGAUUUGAAUUUUGGAAAAGAAGAUUUGAAUUUUGGAAGAGAUUAAGUAGCUGUCCAGCCAGUUGGAAGCUCGAAAUUGGGCAUUUUGGCACGGAUGGGGCCAAACCGAAGUGGAAAAAACCUAUAAUCCUAGGAGAUCAAGUCAUUGACAUUGGGUGAAUUUCUUUCCAAGAUUUGGGCCAUCCAUCUGGCGAAUGGCGUCACUAGCAUUCCCUUUCAGAAAUUUCUCGUUGUUCUUCCAUUGUCCGAGAGUGAUUUCAUGUCAACAAUCGUGGUCUUUUCUAUCUGGAUCACAUUUUUCUACUCACAUUGUGGGUGAUGAUCCGGUUCUUGUUCGCGAUUUCAUACAUUCUGCAUUAUAUGAUCAAAAUCAUGGAUACUUUGCUCAACGGUCACGUUCAGUUGGAGUUCUUGAACACAGCAUAAAGUUCAAUCAGCUUGAAGGCAGGAAAGCUUAUAUGAGAUACUUGGAUAAAAUUUACAAGCAGAGUGACGUAUCGUGGUUUACUCCGGUGGAGAUUUUUAAGCCUUGGUAUGCCCAUGGGAUUGCUGAAGCAAUCAUGCGAACUGCUAAUCUUUCCGUUCCACUAAAAAUAUAUGAAAUUGGUGGCGGAUCAGGAACGUGUGCAAAGGGGAUAAUGGAUUACAUAAUGUUGAAUGCACCUACAAGAGUUUACAAGAAUAUGACUUAUACCUCAGUGGAAAUAAGUCCGUCUUUAGCAGAGAUACAGAGACAAACCGUUGGAGAUGUUCGUAGUCACCAAUCAAAAUUUAAAGUAGAGUGUCGUGAUGCUGUUGACUUGAGUGGAUGGGGAGACGUGAAGGAGCAGCCGUGUUGGGUAAUUAUGCUUGAGGUACUAGACAAUCUUCCUCAUGAUCUUAUUUACUCAGAAAAUCAGGUUUCCUCAUGGAUGGAAGUGUGGGUAGAAAAGCAACUUGAUAGGGAAUCACUUGUGGAAUUAUAUAAGCCACUUCAAGAUCCUCUUAUUAAGCGUUGUGUAGAGAUUAUGAAUUUCAAAGAAAAUGACCAUACCAAAAACAGUGUAUUAUCAAAGGCAAAAGGCAUUUGGUCUAAAGCUUUUCCAAAACCCAGAAGAUCUUGGCUACCAACUGGUUGCUUGAGUCUACUCGAAGUGUUGCAUCAUGUGCUACCAAAGAUGUCUUUAAUUGCCUCGGACUUUAGUUACUUACCCGAUGUGAGAAUAGCUGGUGAAAGAGCACCAUUAGUUUCAACAAAGGCGGAUGGAAGCAGCUCAGACUAUGAAAGCUAUUUAGAUGCAAAGGGUGAUGCUGACAUCUUUUUCCCCACAGACUUUCUAUUAUUGGAACAGAUUGACCAUUAUUGUUCUGGAUGGCUGAAAUUGCAAGAAGAUAAAAAGCCAAAGUCAGGGAAAAAGAGGCGAACAAUAAUACUUGACACUUCGUCAUUCAUGGAAGAGUUUGGAUUGCCAUCGAAGACAAGAUUGAAGGAUGGUUACAAUCCUCUUCUUGAUGACUUCAAGAACACCAAAUUUUAUCUUAGCGUUCCAACACACAACAUCAAGUAGUCUGAGUUAGGGAGGAGGAAAUUUUGCAUUCUUUCCUUUCAUAGCGGUAUGCCUUAGAAAUGGACGAGGACAAAUUUUUCUUCCAAUUUUGUCCUUUCAUUCUAAUCUUUUUCAUUACUAUUUAGUUGGCAAUUUUGUCAUUUAAAUACAAGAAAAUUAACAUUGUUAAUUGCUAAAUUUAAUUAAUUAUUUUUAGUUGUUUUAUUAA